CAAAAAAUUACCAAAACACUAAUAUAUUUUUUUUUUCUUGUUCCUUCUCUCUCUACAUACAUCAAACAACAUGGCUGACGACGAACUUCAAGCCAUUAGAGCAAGACGUCUUGCAGAACUUCAACAACAAGGUUCUGGUAACUAUGGUGGUUCCCCAUCAUCAGGUUUACCUUCUCCAGGUGCAGCAGGAUCAACUUCAAAGGAAGACGAAGAAAAGCAAGGACAAAUAGAAGAAAUGCGACGAACUAUGUUAUUCCAAAUUUUGGAUAAUAAUGCUCGGGAAAGACUUGCUCGAAUUCAAAUGGUGAAAGCUGAAAAAGCAAGAGCUGUCGAAGACUUAUUGAUCAGAAUGGCUCAAUCGAAUCAAUUACGAAAUAAGGUGACCGAAUCUCAAUUGAUUGAUUUGCUUGGUCAAAUCAAUCAACAAGAAUCAGGCUCAAAUCAAUCUCGUGUUGUGUUUGAAAGAAGACGAUUCGGCGAUGACUCUGAUGACGAAGAAUAUGAUUUGUAGACCACUUCUUCGGUAUUGCGUUGGUUUAAUUUUGGACUAGUUUUGCUUAAGUUUAUUAUUGUAUAUCCCUCUAUCCGAAUAAAAACAUGGUUGAAAACGA